AUGAAGGGGGCGGUAGGGCACACGGUCAGGGGGCCGCUGCACAGGCAGUGGGACCUGGAGAGGACGCACGCCAAGCAGGCCGAGGCCAGGCUCAGCCAGCACCUGCAGAGCCUGGAGCGGGCCCGCCUGUGCCGGCUCAGGCUGCUGGCCUGGGAGCAGCGGCAGCUGCAGAGACAGCUGCAGAGGCUGCAGACAGCAGCCGGCAGGGGAAAGUGCGCCUCCUCCUCCUCCGGGCACAGUGCUCCGCAGAGACCAGGAGGCGCCCCCGUGCGCCUGCAGCAGGGAGGGGACCUCAGGGCCCCCCGGGCCACCGGGGCCAGAGCCCCGGCCACCAACGCAGCCCAGGAAGCACCCAGGGCCUGGCCCCGGGCCUCCUUCCGCCACGACAGCCUCGAGGGCCCCAUGGGAAGCCAAGAGCAGUCGCCGCCUCUAAGCCAUGUGACCUCCCACCUCACCGGGGAGAUGCCACCUGACCAAGCCGUCAGCCCCAGCUCCCCGGCCCCCGGCCCCGAGGCCAGCCCAGCCGGUGACAGUGGCGGGGCCCUCGGCGAGACCAGCCCAGAGGCCACAGGCCCGCAGCCCGGCCUCAGCGCCAGGGAGCACGCGCCCCCAAGGGCCCCCUCCUUCCGCGAGGUGCUGGCCAGGGCUGCCCACGCCCACUACCUGCGGCACCGGGCGCCCCUCGAGGCGGAGCGGCUGCUCAGCCUGCGGGAGAUAUUUGGGCACGGGGGUCACUCUCCGGCCCUCCCGUCCCCUCAGAGUAA